AUGCUAUGCCUCACGGCCAGCAGGCGUGCCUUGCAGGGCCUGGACCUUCGUUUCGCCAGCCACGAGAAUGAGGCGGCCUUCCGGGACGCCCAGAGCCGGGCGCCGCCAGCUGCCCUGGCAGGAUUUGCGCACAUGGCACUGGAGCUGAGCGUCACUUGGUUCAUCGCUUCCAGCGAAGAGGCCUUCGACCUAGCCAGCGCUCCCUAUUUUCUCUACCUUCUCAUCCAGGUACUUGCCUUCACUUUGACCGGUAUUGCAAGCACUUGCAGCCUGCUGAACGUGGCCAACAGGCUUGGUCGCUGUGGAGAGCUACUUUGGGCUUGUGCAGUCUCUCUUGACAUCAUUGUACGGUCCCAUGAGCUGAGCCGCGCUUUUCUUUGGAACUCUGAGCCACGAGAGCUUCUGGGUUUUUUCGGCCCGCACAACUCUGAGGCAGCAUUGUUUCAGGGCCGGCAAGGCCGAGCCUGGCUUGGGAUGAGGCUGGGCAGCGUGGACGUGGAGAUAGAAAUGUCUGCAGUCCUCCUCUCUGUUGCCUUUGUCUCGAUCGCUUGCCAUGUGCUGCCGAUGCGAUGCUGCUAUCUGUUUCCAAUUGUGGUGCUGGAGACGGUGGCCUUUCUGGUUCAGGCCAUUAGCACUGCUGUAGCCUUGCCAGCACAAGGUUUGCUACACAUACCUCGUUUUCUCAACGUGGUCAUGGUGUUUUUCCUUCUAGCGUCUUCCUAUAGAAGUGCUCAUCAUGCUGAGCACGUCCGACGCGAGCGGUGGCUGCGGGGCGCCUCGCAGGACCGAUUCAUGCGAGAGGCCUUAGCCAAGAAGGAGCUCUCCAAGGCUGCCUUGGCGCGUGACUUCAAAAUCUUCAGACACUACGGCAGCAGCUUGGUGUUGGGUCUCCUGCAGGACCUCCGUGUGGCUUCCGCCGGAUCUCGGUCCGCUCGGGCUCUUUUUGGUGACGACAUCACCGGCGAAUGCCUGACCGACUUUAUCAGCGAGAAAGAGAGGGAGAAGUUUGCAAAGCUCUGCAAGCAAACCGAUGGGUCUCGAAUACCCCGGAGAAUGACGGCGACUCUCAUGUUCGAGGACAGGGAGAAGCCCGCGGAUUUGCUGAUCAUGUACCAUGGGCAGCCAGGCAAACACUUUCUGGUUGGUCUGAGGCUGACGUCCCACGCUCCGUCUGUGGAAUGUGACAGGCAAUGGAGCACAAGAGAGGACCUGCAAGAAGGUCAUCCUUUUGGACUACAACAGGUGGUCCCGACCAGUCCUCCUACACCAGCUCAACCAAAAGCUCCAGACAAGCCGCCACCCGCCCUGGACGACAAUGCUCAGCCAAGUCUUGCCCACAAGCUCAGGAAUGUGGAAUAUUCGGGCUUCAGCAGUGAGGAUGCGGUAGCAAGAUCGGCCAGCCUUUGCUACACCACCUCUUGCGACGACAACUCAUCAGGCUUCAGCCACUUUCUGAGCAAAAAUGGAGCGACCCAGACAGAUGCCAUGUUCGGCACGGAGGACAAGUGUGUCGGGACUUCCGUCUCCUGGGCGCAGCAGGGCUUUCGGUGCAGGUGCUGCAGCAAGCCGCCGCAUCCCUUGGACGACGACCAGCGCGACGCCUUGGCCUGCGCCAACUUCCGGCCACGAAGACAUCGCCGGAAGACCGCGUCCUCUCUGGAGUCACUGCAAGGGACCUGGGCUCUUGACCAGCAGUUCAUCGGCAUCGCGCAGAGCUUCAUGCAUCGCCUCACCUUCGUGGGAGACAGGUGCAUCGACGCUGCCGGCCAGAAGUGGAAGCUCUCGGAGGAUGGCAGCAGCCUGUACCUGAUCAAGGGCCGAGUGUGGGUGAACGGCGGCGUCCUCUUCCGCGAGGGCAAGUCUGGCAUCGUGAUGCGCUUUGAGCGCGAAGAGGAACCUUUGCAUGAUUCUGACGAAGAGGAGGACGAGGAGGAGGACGAGGAGGAGGAGGACGACGGUCCUCUACUAAACGAAGAGGACAGCUUGCAAGUCCUGGAGAACAUCGUGUCAGAUCGAUAUGACGAUCGCCCGUUGCAGGCGCUAAUGAGUCUGGAACAAAGGUGA